AUGCCUAUGACGACGGACAACAUAGUCCGGCUAGCACCUUCCUGGAGCUAUGUGUCGCCUAUACGAGGCACCCCCGAAGGCUACUUCUACCACAUUCGCAGCCUAGUCGAGCGGCCGAACAACUGGGCAAAUCUUGGGCGCAACUCUUGGGAGGUUGAAACUCCAGCUUGGUCCUAUGCACCUGAUCCGGAUUUCCUUCCAACGAUCGAUAGCAGCAGCGACACCCCCACCCGCACGAAUGCCGCCGAAGCCGAGAACUCUAACGCCUCGAUCCUCAAGCUUCCCAUAGAGCUUUUCAUGAGCAUUGCUGACUUGCUGGAGCUUACGGAUCUCAUGAGCUUCCAAAGCACAUGUCGUCACAUCGCGAGGCAGGUGGAUGGCUCCGUCAAGGCAGGAAAGAGUGUCGCAACGAACGGUACCACUGGCGACCAGCGGAACGAGCGGAUCUCGCAACUGUACAAUCAGUACUUCUGGAGGCUGAGGAAAGAUCGCUUCGCUGAGCUUGCUGCUCUCGAACAGGCUAACGACGUGUUGGUGAAAGAGAAACUACUCUGUGUAUGGUGUACCGACUUCCACGCAGCUUCAAAGUUCCAUCAAGACCAGGUCUCCAGAAACGCACACGAGCGCAUGUGUAUUGGCGCCACUGCCACCGUCUACGUCUGCCCGCAUACAAGCUUGACGUUCGCUGAAAUCCUCGACAUCAAGGCGGCCUGUAAAGCAAGCGGACGAAGUAGUCCAGUGCUCUGUGCUGAAGAGACAUGUCGGAACGCACGCCUUUGGUACAACCUAAGGUCUGCUAUUGGUUGUCUCAAGACGAUUUACCGAGUUCCCAUUGCAGAGACACAACCAGUUAUCAAGGAUUUGUCGCCUGCAUUAUGGGCUGGUCCGAAUGCGCGCCGGAUCCACCGCCGGAUCAGCGAGGUGGACAAUUGGUCGUCUCCUCUCAUUCAACGAGGUCUCGUCAAGCUUGAUGCGUAUGUGUGCCCUCAUUUACGUACCUCUGACAUAGAGUGCUACGAUCUAUUGUUGGCCAGCAUAUACCAGGCUGAUACAUGCGCCUCUUGGGGAGUUCUGCGCGAGGGUGAUGCUUACUGGCCUAUGGGUGUACCGGCUGGAGCCAUCAAAUGCGAGGCAGAAGACGACUGCGGAGCAAGUUUCCUUGUAAGAACUUCCACGUGGUCUCUAGGUGAGAUUGAGGUGAACAUGGACGUGGAGAGGCGGCUGAUGGUCGACACUGUUCGGAGUCGGCGAUGGUCGGUGAUAACAGGGGUGAGUGAGUCCGCCCUGACGAACACUGGGUCGACUAACGUGAAGAAGCAGCCAGCAUGA